AUGGCGGCAUUGAGUUUCGUCCUCCUUCUGGCUCUGCUCGGGUUCGUCUGCACGGAUUCGGUGGACUCGGGGGAAGAGGGCAUCCUCGACUACCUCGCUCAGUAUCUGCUGCGACAGCGAAACGUGAGAGGAGGCUUUUCGUGGCUUCUCGUCGGUUUCGGGGUCUGCGGGGACGGGCUCGUGCGUCGUGUCGGUCUCGGCGAUUCUGGUCUAGAGAUAGAUUUUCUGUGGAUUCGUUCGUGUCGUCGUUGCGGGGGUUUCCGCGUUCGGGGAGGAGUUUCUCCGAGGGGAAAAUCCGCCCGGAGCGCGUGCAUAACGUCUGGAGCGGUGACGCCCGACCCGUCCGUAUGGACGGAAAUGUCGGUGAUCGAAUCCUCCCGCGGGACGGACUCGGGCCUGCGGGACGGAUCCGCGGGACGGACUCGGGCCUGCGGGACGGACCCGCGGGACGGACUCGGGCCUGCGGGACGGAUCCGCGGGACGGACUCGAGCCCGUGA